AUGGCAGCAGCCGUCGAGCUAGCCGCCGAGCGAGACAAGCUCGCAACGCUCAAACAAAAGAAGCAAGCACUGGAGCAGCAGCUCGCCGCCGCAGCAGCCAGAGACGCCGACGCGUGCGCGGCCGCGGCGCGCGCGAUGCGGGCCGCGGUCGCGGCCACGCCGCUCGAAUCGGACCCGGCGGCCGACGCGCGGCGCGACCUCCGCGAGAAGCGCGCGACGCUGCGCGAGCAGCAGGCCCUGCUCGCGGCGUGGACCUGCGUCGCGCGCGCGAACGCGGCGGGCGACGUCGAGGCGCUCGCCGCGGUCCAGAACGAGGCCGGCCCCGUCGCGGCCGCGGCGGCGCGGGCCCUCGCGGCGUGCGAGCGGCUCUGGGCCGCGGAGCUCGAGCGCGCCAUGGCCGGCGUCGGCUGGCCGCGCGGCGUCGCGGCCGGCGACGCCGAGCGGGCGCCCCUCGACCGGAAGUGCGUGCGGCGCCUCGCGACGGCGUGCCGCCGCCUCGAGCGCCUCGACGAGUUGCACGGACGCGGCGACGCCUGCCGCGCGGCGCGCGUGCUGGCGGCGCCGAUCGAGGGCCGCUUCGCCGCGUUUUUCUUGCAAGAGAACGACGACGCCGACGACGACGACGGCCCGAGGCGCCGCGACAAGCCGGAAUGGGCCUGCGCGUGGCUGCUGCGGGUGUGGCGCGCGGCGCAGGCGCCGCUCAAGGGCGCGCCGGCGCGCGUCGCGGCGAAGCUGGGCGAGGCGGUGGGCGCCUGCGCGCGCGCGAAGCUGCUCGAGGCGCUGCCCGUCGUCCACGUCGCGGUCCUCGCCGACGCGUGCGCGGCGCUCGACGAGGAGGUCGCGUCGUCUCAUUCGGCGCUCGCCGUCCUCGCCGCGACGCGGGCGCGGCGGGACGCGUGGCGCGCCGCCGACACGGACGGCGCGGCCGAGGCGUGCCGCCGCGUCUUGCAACGGUGCGACGCCGGCGAGGCCGGCGCCGACGCCCUCGCCGUGUUGGACGACGCGGCGCGCGGCCCGUCGCUCGUGCAAGCCGAGGUCGUCGGCGUCCUGAACCGGCUCGAGGCGCGCUACGCGCGGCUGGACCCCGUCGCGCGCAAGGAGCUGUGGAGCGCGGCGCGGGGCGCCGUCGUCCGCGAGGUGCUCGCCUGGGCGGCGCCGCGGUGGGACGAGGUCCGCGACAUCGAGAUGGUGGGCUGGAGCCGGCGGCGGGGCGAGGCCGCGCCGACGGCGUGGCGGGCGGCGGGCGGCGCCUGCGCUUUGGUGUACGCCGCGGCGGAGGCGCGGGGCUGCGAGCGCGUCCUCGAGAGGGUCCAGGAGGAGGAGGGCGAGCGGUCCCUGAUCGGCGGCGGCGUCGUGCUCCAGGCGGCGCUGCGCGUCGCGAAGCGCACGAAGGGCGUCGCGGCGCGCGCGCAGCUCGCCGAGGACCUGAAGCUCGACCCCGCGGCGCUCGGCGCCGACGCGGCGGCGGCGCUGACGAGGCGGGCCGAGAAUUAUCUCAAGCGCGUCGCGGACCUCGCGGCGGCGGCGUUCCGGCGGGCGUCGCGCAGGAGCGACGCGCUCGGCGACGCGUGGCUCGCGGGCUUCCUCGCCGAGGCGCGGGACGCGCUGCCGCGCGCGGCGCUGCGGGCGCUGCGGGCGCCGCUCGCGAAGUCCGUGGUCGAGGACGCGCUGAAGCGGCGGCCCCAGAAGCUGCUGGCGGCGCGCGUCGCGGCGGCGCGCCGGGCGUUCGCCGGCGUCGACGACGCCGCGGCCGCGGCGCUCGCCGGGCUCGAGGCGCUCAGCGCGCUGGACCGGCCGCGCAGAACGACGUUACACGAGGCGUUCCGCGGCCUCGUGGACACGGCGCGCCACGACUCGCUCGAGGUCGCCGUGACCGUGGCCGACGAGACCGUCCGGCGGCAGCUGCACGGCAUGCUCGAGGCGAACGGCGUCCGCGGGCUGGACGAUGUAGCCGCUGCGCGCUUUUUGGAGGCGUGUGCGUCCUAA